AUGUUCAUCGCUUCCGUGAGCCGCAAGGCUCUUGGGCCUCCUACUCCGUCAUCUUCAUCAUCGCCCUCCUUGACUGUCUCAUAUUCCCCUAAAGCUCCGCAGCCGCACGUGCCAACGGCACCCGAAGCAAAUGUUGAGCGGCCUCCCCCAGACUUCGGUUGGCAAUCAAAAUUGAAUAAAAUGGAGCGGUAUCUUGUUGAUUUCUACCUCUCGGCCUGGUGUGCAGGAAGGGCUAUCCUGUCCUCGACAAAUUGCUGGAUUCAAGAUAUAGCGCAGAUGGGCGACGGUAAUGCAUGUGUCCGCCACGCCAUUCUAGCUCUGUCAAGCACAUACGUCCUCGACUACAAACCCGACGAGAAAAUCCGGCAGGCGUCGAAUGCGUACUACGAGAGAGCCGUUACCCUACUCACCGAUGCGCUGAAGGACGAACGGGAACUCCGGCCUGGCGGCAGCGAGGGCACCGUGGCAGCCAUAGCUCUCCUGAAUAUGAUGGACGUUGUUUCGCCCGAGCAUCGCCGAUCCAAGAACCUACUCCCCCGCUGGCUGGAAGGAGCGCGCAUGGCAUGUAGGCUGCUGGACGCGACGGAUCCCGGCCAUCGUUACUGGAAUGCGGAAAACAUUCAAACUUCGCACGCAUGGGUGGCCAACACGAUUAUCUCGAGCCGAGCUGCCAUUCUAGCCCUGCCUAUGGCGCCUCUUGAUCCAGCCAACACGGGCGGCCAGCAAUUCCAAUGGCUCCUGUCGCACGGCAACGAGGCAGAGGCGCGGAGGAUACAUGGCGCCUGCGGCUUCUCCCCAAGGCUCCUGCACCGAAUAGCCCAAGUCACACACUUGGCCGCGCUGCUAGAAGAAGAUCCAGAUUCUGUCACCAUCCCAGAAGUAGCCACCGCAAUUUUAAAGGAACUGCACAAUCUCCGCCAGUGGUCUGAAAUCAACCCUCGGGGUCACGAUUCGACGGAUGCACUCCUAGCCCAUUGCGACAAGCGGCUGGGCCCUUCCGGCGUUGUGGUAGACAGAGCGAGCAUGGCCGAUCUCACAGCUGAGGCAUGGCGACUAGCAGCCAUCAUAUACUCUCUAUGUCGUCUGUACAGACUUCCUCGGAGCCAUGAUGAAGUCAUUGUCCACAUGGCGAAGCUAGCAGCUUGCAUCAACCGGACGCCGACAUCUGGGUCACUGUUUACUGCCCAGGCUCCAUUUUUCCCAGUCUUCCUCUUAGGCCUCCUCGCCGUGAAGGAGGACCAUGUUCAGAGCGCGAUGCGGUGGUUCGAAUCUGUGAUGCAAACGUAUUGUCGAUCGAGUGUUCCACCUGUCUACGAAGCCCUUAGACGGGCUCGGAAACUGUUGCCUGAUCAUCUUGGCAAUCCCACUACCGACCUCCCCGAUCAUAUCGGACACCGUUAUGCAUGGUGGGAGACACUCGUAGCAGAAGUCACAAGGAACGAAGGCAUACUCUGCUUGGUUUAA